AUGGAUAAAAGUUGGAUUGCCCUAGGUAGGAUGGCUGAUGGAAGGAUGAGUAAACUAUCUAAUGAUGGGGUCAAGUUAUUUCUUCAAUUUGCAAUAGGGGUUAUAGACCAGAAUGGAAAUCUGUUGUGCCCAUGUAUAAAGUGUGUGAAUGUUUAUAGACAAAAUCUUCAAAAUGUGGAAAUUCAUUUGCUCCAAUAUGGGAUUAUGCAAACUUACACUAUAUGGCACCAGCAUAGGGAACCCCGUGUUUCAAACGAGGCUUACCGUGAUGAUGAGAUGCGAGUUGAUGGUGAUGAAAUUGUAGGUGGUAUUGAAGCCUUAGUGGAAGAUCGAAUAAGAGGGGAAUCGACUGAUACAACCCAAGGGGAGGAAGUGAGAACUUUUGAUCAAUUGUUGACUGAUGCCAAGCGUGAGCUGUUCCCAAAUUGUACAAAUUAUACCUUGUUGAAGUUUGUGAUUGAGGUGCUUAAUAUGAAGGUAACAAAUCAUUGGACCAAUAAGUCAAUUGAUAUGAUGCUAGAGUUUUUAAGUAGACUUUUACCGAAAGAAAAUUUGGUUCCAAAGUCAACUUAUGAAGCUAAGAAAAUACUACGUGACUUGGGCUUGUCAUAUGAGCUCAUCCAUGCUUGCAUAAAUGAUUGUGUAUUAUUUUGGAAGGAGAAUGCAACACUAGAUAAAUGUCCGACUUGUAAGACAUCUAGAUACAAGAUUAGUCAUGGAAGGGGUAAGAAGAUCCCUCAUAAAGUAUUGAGGUACUUUCCUUUGACACCAAGGUUGAAAAGAUUGUACAUGUCAAGAAAGAGGGCUGAGGACAUGAUAUGGUACAAAGACAAACGAGUGGAUGACGAGAUAUUGAGGCAUCCCGCUGACAGUGAUGAAUGGAAGGAAUUUGAUGCACAACAUCCCGAGUUUUCCUUGGAGCCUCGAAAUGUGAGGCUAGGGUUUGCCGUUGAUGGGUUUAACCCUUUUGGGAACAUGAAAAACUCUUAUCGUUUGUGGCCCGUCAUACUCAUUCCAUACAACUUGCCACCUUGGUUGGUUAUGAAGGAUCCAUUUUGUUUGAUGUCAUUACUUAUUCUUGGAGAAUCGCAACCAGGGAUUGAUAUUGACGUCUACAUGCGACCAUUGGUGGAUGAGUUGAAUGAUUUAUGGACAAAUGGUGCAUUGACUUACGACGCCUCCACCAAUGAGACUUUUCGAAUGCAUGCAGCUUUGUUUAAGAUAGGGUACACUAACCAUCGAUGUUACUUGCCUGAGGACCACCCAGAAAGGCGAAAGAGUAGGGCUUACAAUGGUAAGAUUGAGAAACGGAAGAGAUCUUUGGAGUUGCCGGUGGAAAAGAUACAACACCAGUUGGACAACGUGGCAGGUGUCAUAUAUGGAAAGCAACCAAGUAAUAGAAAAAGGCCCCGUCAAGCACCUAAUUGGACAAAGGACACUAAGGCGGAGCGAACUGGAGAAAUUAGAGGACGUAUAAUAAACAUUUUAUGCAAGCUUGAAAAGAUCUUUCCUCCAGCCUUCUUUGAUGUGAUAAUCCACUUGGCUGUUCAUUUGCCUCGUAAGGCUACUCUUGGAGGACCCGUACAAUAUCGAUGGAUAUACCCAAUUGAAAGGUUUCUUGGAGCAUUAAAAAAAUAUGUGACCAACCGAGCUCGACCAAAAGGUUCAAUUGUCGAGGCUUACAUUGUCAAAGAGUGCAUUACUUGUUGUUCAAUCUAUGUUGAUGGGAUUGAAACCGUGCAUAAUCGACCAGAACGGAAUGAAAAUCGCGGUGAACGUCAACAAGGGUUGACAGUAUUCAAAGAAACUGCACGUCCAAUUGGUCUAAUCACACGAGAUGCUGAAAUGUCUCAAGAAAUUCGUGAUAUUGCUCAUUGGUUUGUGUUGUACAGCAGCGUAGAGAUUGAAAAGUAUUUGGAGUAUGUGUUUCAUUGA